CGUACGAAACAGUUGUUGAUUGUUAUCCCGCUAAUUUUAGUCUUAGAAUAUCGGAAUAAAUAUUUUGUACUAUUUUAGUUAAUUUUCGUAUUUUGAAAAGUCGUAUCGUUUCGCUAGUACUAUGAUGUUCCUUAGGGCACUAAUUAUUAUAUAAUAUAAUGUUGUAAGUCAACGUUCACGCCAUCAUGUGGUCCGCGAAAAAGAAGACAAUUCGAGUAUUUUUUGUUCUAACAGAAGACCGAACAGACAUUGAAAAUAUGUCUGAAACUAUGCAACUUGCGUUUCAGGACUGUGUAAGUCAUGAGUUUUUCACUACUGCAAUUAGUGAAGCAGAAGUUUGUGAUAGAAAAUUGUUCAAAAAAUCUGAGGUUUUUGUUUUUGACCAUUUUGAAGGAUCAGCUUUUCAGCAUGUAUUACCAUUUUCCAAACAAAAUAAAACUGUUAUUGUUAGCCCUAUUUGCCUAAGAACAUGUUUUGUUGAAGCAAUUCCUAUACCACAAAAUAAUUCACCUAUAUAUACAAUGGCAAUGCGAAAUAUUGUACUAAGUAUAUCAAACUUAAGUCCUAAUGAAAAGGAAAGAGUAAAAGAAAAAAUAGAAUACAUGGGUGGAAUUUUUUCUCCUCAUUUGCGAGAUAAUACUACUCAUUUAAUGGUUGGAAAAGUAGGAUCUCAAAAGUAUACUAAAGCAAUUGAAACUGGAAUCACCAUUAUGACUGAAGAAUGGGUAGAUGCUGUUUGGGAGGAAAGCAUAGUACGUAAUACUAUUUGUACUGAAAAUAAGUUUGAUAAAUAUAAAUGUCCUAUAUUUUAUAAACUUGAAAUUACUACUUCUGGACUUGACGGAAUAGUCCGAGAAAAUAUUGCUACCCUAGUUGAUACUAAUGGUGGAAAAUACACCCCUCAAAUGAAGAAAGAUGAAACAAACAUACUAAUCAUAUCAAAUCCUAAUGGUCAGAAAUUUACUUAUGCACAACAAUGGGGUUUACAGUGUUUGAAACCUUCUUGGAUUUAUGACAGUAUAAAAAAAGGCUAUAUGAUUGAAACUCAAGAUUAUGUAAUUAAAAAUACAUUGCUAAGUUCAACUCCAGCACUAUCUAAUACUAAACCUAACUUUUCACAAAAUAUUAGUGAAAUUGUUGUGGAGCCAAAAUCAACAAUUGAAGAAACAUUAAAUAACCGUAAUAUGUUAAAAUGUCAGAAUGAAAAUAAUUAUAAAUCACAAGAAAAUUGUACUACACCAAAAAAAAAUCAGUCAAAAAAUGUUAAUUAUAAAGCUAUUUUAAAUGAUAUAAGUAUAUCUCAAGUAAGAAUGGCUGGUACAAUUCUUGAUGGCUGUAAGAUUUAUUUUAGUGGAUUUAGUUUAAGUGAAGAAGAAAAAUUAAAGCGAAUAGUAAUUUCUGCCGGCGGAAUUAGAUAUACAGAAUUAAAUGAAUCCAUUACCCAUAUAUUGGUUGGUGAUUUCACAGCUCCCCUUGCAAAAUUAUUGCAUUCUCUUCAAGAAAAACCACAUGUUGUGAAUCUCAAUUGGUUACUUGAAAGUAUAAAUUUAAAAUUCACUGCUCCAGAAGAACAGUUCUUGGCUAUGGAUUCAUCUCAUUCAUUUACACCUGAAUCUCCAUCGCCUCUUAGUAAAAAGGGAUUAUAUAUGAUGAAAAAUGCAUCACUUUCUCAACCAAAGACUGUAGUUAAACCUAAGCCUUUAAAUGAAAUGGUAAUGGAUAAUCGCCCAUUGGAUAAUUUUAUUGAUCACUAUAGGAAUAUUGAAAAUACUAAUUCUGAGACUCAAAGUCAAAAAUCUUCUUAUACAACUGAAGAUACUGUGUCAACUCAAGAUAGUAAACUUGAAUCUGUAUUAGAAGGAUUAAAAAUACUCUUACAUGAUUUGGAUAAGCAUCAAUUACCAUCUAUUAAAAGUAAAAUUAUAUCAAUGGGUGGAAUAGCAGUUAGUACUCGUAGUUAUCGAGGAAAAAUUAAUUUUGCUGUUGUUCCAAUUGUAUUUAAUGAGAAAUUAUUAAAUAUUAAAGCCACCAUAGUUAGCUGUCUUUGGAUAGAAGACUGUUAUAAUAAUGUUGAACAAGUUCCCAUUGAAUAUUAUCAUAAACCAGUUAUUUUUAGUGGUUCUACAGCUCUUAAAAACUGUGUGAUUAGCGUUACAAAUUAUGCAGGUUCUGAACGGUAUUUCUUGAAAGAAGUUUCAUUACUUCUUGGAGCAGACUAUCAAGAUGCAUUAUCACGAAAAGAAAAACCUCAAGAUAACAUUAAGAUGACUACUCAUCUUAUUUGUCCUGCGCCAGAAGGACCUAAGUAUGAAGCUGCAGUUAAAUGGGGUGUACCAGUUGUAUCUAAGGAAUGGCUACUUAAAUGUGUAACAAGCAAAUGCCGUUUACCUGAGGAUAAAUUUCCAUUUGUUGACAACAUAGAUUCUGCAGCAUCUUCAUCUUCUAGAAAUAUAAGUAUAGUUCGUAAUGAUAGCAAUACAUCUUUCACUCAAAAACUUACUAUAAUUGCAUUGCCUGAAAAUGAUUCAGAGUCUGAAUUAGCAGUACCACUGAAAGAUACUGAAGAUGAUAUUGAACCACCAAUUAAGAAAAGAUGUUCCAUGGAAAUGAUGAGUCCUACUUCUAAGGCAUUAGUGGAACCUUCCAGUAAAUUUACACCAGCAAUUGCACGUCUCAGAUCAAGUUGUACAACACCUAUUGCUUCAAAAAGUUUCAUGGAUAAUUUAAAAACCCCUGAAACUCCUUAUGGACAGAUAUUUUGCGAUCAGCCUGUUACACCAGAAACAAAAAAAAAAUGGAAGCAAUGGAUUGAAACAUUACCAGAUGGUCCUGAAGUAUCUCAAUCUAAUAUUAAGAAUCAAAGAAAUAGCACACCAUUGUCGGAAUUAAGACGUCAACUGUAUAAUAAAUUAUCACAUCUACCAGAUAACAAAAAACAAGAAACCCAUGGAAGUAGUUCAACAAGUUUUAGUUUAAAUAAUACAUCAAAAAAUUCAAACUUUUCUAAUACAUCAGUUCAUUCUCCGAUUGGCGUGGCUGAGAUAUUCCAUAAAACAUUACAUGAGUCAACUACUCGUAGUAACAAAUCUAGUAAUUCCUCAUUAAAAAUGGAUGUUAGACAACAAUCAUUAGAUAAACAAGAAUUCAGAAGAACAAUGGAACAGCUUCAACAAGAUUUAUGUAUGCCUAGAGAACCUGAAAUUCCCUUUUCAAAAAUAGAAUCACAAAGUCAAGAUGAUCAUGCAAAAAACUCUCUUUUCAAAGAAAGAGUUAUCCAGUCAUCACAACAAUGCUCAGUUGGAUGGGAAGAUCCAACUGAACAACAAGAAAAAGCUAGAUUGAAGAAUCUGACCGAGUGCAAUAAAAAGUUCAUUUUAACUAGCAUCAAUUCCAAUGACCGACAUAAGUAUGAGGAUGCUAUUAAUAAACUUGGUGCUCAAGUAUUGCAAAGUGCAUCUUUUUGUGAAGAUGUUACUCAUGUUCUUAUGAGUCAACCCAGUAAAAGUGAAAAAUAUUUGUGUUCACUUGCUUCUGGAAAAUGGAUAUUACAUCCAAGCUAUAUCGAUGCAUGUUUAGAGAAGAACUGUUUUUUACCAGAAGACAAAUAUGAAUGGGGUAAUCCUUUGUCUGAUUUAUCUUUGUCUACACCAUUACAUGGAGCCGGUUAUCGUUGGCGUUCUAAAAUUAGUUCUGGUCAGCCUGCAGCUUUCAAAGGUAUGAAAGCCGUAUUACUGACCUCUGAAAUUAGAUAUCAAGCUUUAAAACGUCUGAUAGAAGCGGGCGAUGGAGAAAUAUUACAUAAAAAUGAACUAUUGAACUCGACACAUUGUAUUGUGGAUCAUGGCCAUGGUGAUAUACCUGUUCCUUUAAAUGAAAUUGCUGUUAAAGGUAUAUUACUAUUACCAGCACCAUUUUUAGCUGAUACCCUUCUUAAAGAUCCCGCACCAGAUGCUAAAAAAUGUUUAAUACCUGAAUACCAAGCAUUUUAUAACAGAUUGGCGCCCAAUGUAUAAAAUAUGUUAAUUCAAAUCACAUAAUUUGUAUUCUUUAUCUUCAUGGACAUUCUAUAUCUUAUUAUUAUUAUUUUUAAUAUAUUUUUUAAAUACUUAUGAAUUAUAUAAGUUGUAUUCAAUAAAUUGUA